AUGUCCCGACGCAAACAGGCCAAGCCGCGCGCCUGUCUCAAACUUGGCGAAAAGGAGGAUGAGGAAAACACUGGCCUGCUGGAGCCCAAGGAGGAGCUUCUCAGUGGCGAUGAGGAGGUCGAGGAUAAUGAGGACGAGGACGAGGAGGAGACGCCCGAGGGAGACGCAGGGCUGAACCAGGAGCAGGAGGAGCAGCCCAAUGAAUCACAGCAACAAUGCUGGCCAACAGCUGAUGAGCCAGUGGCCCCAGCUGCAGUGGCAAAAGAAGAAGCAGAAGAACUACAACACCCACGGGAUGAGGUAGUUGCAUCUGAUGCUGAUGCUGCUGCUACCACUGCCACUGCUGCUGCUGCUGCUGCCAAUGCCAACGGACACUGCAAGUCCUCUGGCGGAGACGAAGAGGAGGCGGACCCAGAUGCGGAUCCAGAGACCGAGGACCUAGAGCUGGAAGAGGACCUGCUCAGUCUCAGCGGAGACGACGAGGACUACGAUGAUGAGGAGCUGCAGAGCCUGGACAGCUUCUAUUCAGACAUGUACAGUACCCAUACAUCAUCCAGUUACUCGCCUAGCAUUUCGGAUGGCACCAUGACGCCCAAUUCCCACCAUUUGCCCGGAGCUCCCACCUCUGCCACCGCCUCGGGCCAAGAAGAUCAUCAUCAUUCGUCCGAGGGCAAACUCAAUGGUGGCCACGAUGGCGAGGAGUUGGCCAAACCAAAGCGAUUGCCACACUUCCAUCAUCAUCACCAUCAUCAUUACCACCAUCAGCAGGCGCUGAAAAUCGCCAACAAGCUGCGCAAAAUCAAUAAAGAAGCCAAAAUGGGAGCUGGCGGUGGUGCUGGUGCCGGAGGAGCAGGCUCCAAGUUUGAUAAGUUGACAGGCGAGGGGAUUAAGGCCCGCGGCGACGGCUCCUAUCAGUGUCAGUUCUGCGAUAAGUCAUUUCCGCGUCUCGGCUACUUGAAGCAUCACGUGCAGAGCCACGCCGAACACCUGCCCUUCAAGUGUGAAUACUGCUCGAAGCUGUUCAAGCACAAGCGUUCCCGUGAUCGCCAUAAGAAGCUGCAUACCAACGAGCGUAACUACAAGUGUCCCCAUUGUGAGGCAGCCUUCUCCAGGAGUGACCACCUGAAGAUCCACAUGAAGACGCACGACAUCCAGAAGCCGUUCCAGUGCAGCAUGUGCAACAGAGGCUAUAAUACGGCAGCUGCUCUGACCUCGCACAUGCAAAAGCAUAAGAAGAAUGCAGCCAUCCUGGCAGCUGGGGGUAAUCCCAAUGCCCUGAACUAUAGUCCGCGAUCCACGGGAUCAGCCUCGGCUUCGGUCUCCAGCAAUGGAAGUCUUCAAAAGAGGCGAUAUGCUUUAGCUCUAGCUUCGGAUAGUAGUCCCAGUAGGUUGGACUACCCCAAGAGAUCGAGGAGCAGUCAUGUGGGUGGUAAUGGAGGUGGCACCACCACUGCAACAGCCACACCCACACCCUUGCUCAGGUGCAGCUAUUGUCCCAAGGUCACGGAGUUUACCAGCUUGGAGCAGCUAAAUGCCCACCUGCAGAGUGUCCACGAGCAGCAGCAUCAGCAUCCAGCAAAGGCACCAGUGGCUCCGGAGAGUGAAGGCUUCCAGCUGAGCUGCGAAUAUUGCACCAUGAAGUUUACCAAUAUAGCUGGAUUAUUCCAGCACAUGAGGAGCACUCACCUGGACAGAUUGAGCAGUCCAAACUCCUACUACGAGCACUUCAAUCGCCUGGCCACUGCUGGUACAUUCAGUCCUCGUCUGGCCCUGGAUUUGCCCAAAAUCAAACCGGAUUUGGGCAGUCCGGAGAGGGAGACCACGCGUGCGGUUGAGGAGGAUCUGCCCACCGAUUUGAGCAGCAACAAGAGGCGAUCCCAGACACCCACAAAUACCCAACAAUUGCAGGCCCAACAAUUGGCUCCUCCGGCAGCUCCUCCUGGAGUGUUCUUUUGCAAUCAAUGCAAUGCCGGUCUGCCGGAUUUCGAGAGCUUCAGGAAUCACCUAAAGAGUCAUAUUGCCGAAGGCAUGCAAAUGGUGUGUCCCCACUGUGGAUUGAGUCUGCCAGAGCAGUCGGAGUUCGAGCGUCAUGUGGUGGGACACUUCCUCAUCACCGGAUCGGAGUUUAACUGCAGCUCCAGCUGUGGCAAGAGCUUUGCCAAGUCGGAGGAUCUGCAGCAGCAUCUGUUGUCCGAACAUGUACUCACCCUGCUGAAGUGCUCCCUAUGCUCGGAGCUCUGCGAGAGUCGGAUGGCCAUGCAACUGCAUCUGGCCUGUGCCCACAGCCAGGAGACGAAGUUACUCCGUUGCAGCGCCUGCCUGGAGCUCUUCCGUUCCGAUGCCGAGUUCCAUGUGCAUGUGAAGACGCGUCACCAGCUGGGAGGACAUCCCUCACUCGGAGCCACACCCAAUGCUCCGGCCAAUCCCCUGCAGUGUAUGUUCUGCCGGGCUGUGUGCUCUUCGGAGCUGGAGAUGCACUUCCAUUUGGCGGCACAUGCAAGGCAGUUUAGAUGCCCCUCCUGCCCGGAGACAUUCCACGUGGAGUUCCUGCUGGAUAGGCAUAUGCAGAGUCAGCAUGGUGGCGGCGUCAAGGACAAGGAGCAGCAACGUGGCUCACCCAACAUGGGGAGUCUCUAUGUGAAUGCCUUGUUGCCUCCCCUGGCAGCAGCGGCAGCUGCAGCAGCGGCCACCAAUAACAACAGCAGCAUCAUUGACUACAAUGUGGCUUUCAAGGGUUUGUUUGGAGGUGGAGGAGGAGCAGGUGGAGGAGGAGGAGCAGCUUCUGGAGCGGGAUCAGGUUCAGGAGGAGGCUCUGGAGCAGCCCCACCCACGGGCAACAAGUUCUACAGUCCCCUGCAGGUGGACACCAAUGCCUUGAAGGCUCAAACCUCACCGCAUCCCGCUCUCAUGUAUGGCCUGAGUCAGCGCUAUCUGAUGGAGAUGUAUGCCGCCAAGUCCACCUCGCCGGCGGGAGGAAACGAGGGUAAUCCACAGCCACCACAGGCUAGUGCUCCGCCAAGUGCUCCACCGAGUGCUGCUCCAACAGCUGCCACCUUCAGUUGUGGAAUGUGCGAACGUCAGGAUCUGCGCAGCGAGGCGGAACUCCACUCUCACCGGAAGUUGGCCCAUAAUCUCAAAACAGGAGUGAGCUUAAGGUGUGCCUACUGUGCCGGGAACUUCAAGUCCCGGGCGGAGCUGGAGCAGCACAUGAAGAGCUGUCACAAUUCGACGGGCAAGCACAAGUGUCUGAUCUGCGAUGAGGUCUUUCCCUCGCCGGCCAUCCUGGCCGAGCACAAGCUGCAGCACUCGAAGGUGGGUCAGUCUGGCAAGUGUUCCCACUGUGGACAGCCUCUCGAGGAUGUGGCUGCCUUUAGGGCUCAUCUCUCGGAGCAUGGCAGUGAUGGUGCCACCCUGCCCUUGGCCUGCAUCUGCUGCCGCCAGACCCUUCAUUCGGAGUUUGAGCUAAGUCUGCAUGCCAAGUUCCACACCAAGUCGGCCUCCAGUGGAGGUAGCCUCCAGGAGCCAGUGUGUGCUCUGUGCCUGGAACCACUGCCCGAUGUACCAGUCGAGGGUCCAGCCAAGCUGUGUGAGAAAUGCUGUCGCAAGCACAAUCUUAAUGGAAAGCGGGGUAAGCCAAGUGAGCAGUCGCUGCAGCCACCUCCAUCAGCAGGAGCAGGAUCAGGAUCAGGCGCCGCCUAUGUGGAGAACCGCUGCAACCUGUGCAAGAUGAUCCUGCCGCAUGCCCAGAAGCUCCAAGAACACCUGGUGGAGCACACCUUUGCGGGCACCGAGCAGCGUGGCUUCAAUUGCUACAUCUGCUCAGCGGUAUUUACAGCACCGGGGGGUUUACUCAAUCACAUGGCAGAGCAUGGUGCUCAUUCGCGUCCCUAUGACUGCAGCCUGUGUCCGGAGAAGUUCUACUUCCGGGCGGAGCUGGAGCAUCAUCAGAGGAGUCACGAGCUGAGGCCACAGGCAACGCGGCCACCUAUGCCGAAGGUGGAGGCACCCUCAAUUAGGAAUAGUUCACCCAUCUGCGAGAGUCCUCCUUCCAGGAGUCGCAGUCCCACAAUCAAUGUCAAGCAGGAACUCUACGAAACGGAUACAGUGGAGUCGGGAGCAGGAGAAGAUGAGCCGGAAGAGAAUCCUCAAGAAGAUGAGGAGUACAUAGAAGUGGAGCAGGUGCCGCAUGAGACAAGAACCAAUGAGAUGGGUUCACAAAUGGAAAGGUCCACCAGUAGCGCCUAG